CUCACUGGCCUAUCUCGUUGCAUCCUCAUCCUCCUCUGCAUCCCAGCUACACACUCUCUCCAUGUGGCCAACCCGAUGCUCGGUCGAUAUGCGGCCGGAUGGUCAAAUGCCUCUCCACCUGCUGCCGUCUCUAAAUAUUGCCAUCCCCAACUCGCCUUUGCGCCUUUUGAUGCUUCUCUUUCUUCACGCAAGCAAGCCUUGUCAAUUUGGUUGUGCGGUAGCAAGAGCUAUUCUUGAAAAGUUUUUCUGUUUACGACUCUAAUCACUCUGCAAAGAAUAGUGUCUGGUACACUAUUGAUCUGAAUCCGAAGAAACUGCCUAAUUCUGUUCAUAUCAAAGGACGGGUAGCAUUUACGAGCUGUGCUCUUCUUGCUACUGUUCUUCACGCCAACACCACUCUUUGCAGCCUUUGUUCUCGGACAGCAAAAGGUCUUUUUCAUCAAUAUCUUUCAAGAGAACCAUCAUCGUUGCUGGUCAACGGUUAUUCUUCCCGAUAAUAGCUCUUACGGUUAAUACACCUGCCGCACACCAAUCCUUGCUGUGCCGCUCCAACAACUUGUUUCUAUUUCAAGCAUCAUUGGGUUGUUGUCGACAUUAUUCUGCGCCCUGUUUACUUUUCUUCGACAUCCUCGGUCGAUUGGGCCCAAUCAAGCGAAAGAAGCAUCAGCAUUGCUCCUGGAGAGUAGUGUUUAACUCGGUUGUCAGCCAUCCCUGCAAGAACGCUGUGCCGCACGUUGCUGCAGCGUAGCCCAACCCGAUCAGGUAUCAUCAUACCAACAGGGCUGUUACGCUCAAAACGAUUCAGACACUACAUCAACCCUCGAGCCUUCUUCGCUUUGGCAUCAAGCAUCAUUGUCUCAUUACCAUACCACGUUGUGUUGACACGAUUGCCGGUCAAUCCGAUCAACACUAACUCAGAAGCAUCUUUCUCAAACCUUCCUAGAUAUCCUCAACAUCACCUUGACAUAUCUGUCGGGGAAGCUCUGCCGAUAUCAGACCUUACUGCCCAUCCGGCAAUCACCUCACACGUGGAUAUCGAACUUGUUGCUUGAUCAGCCCUUAUCGACCAUAAUCAACCUAAUAUUUAGUUAAUUGUCACGAAGCAUUUGCAGCAUCAUUGCCAUUGGUAUAUAUAAUCUGGACCACGAAGCCACGAGUACAGCUCUUCAGCACGCUAACGAAACAUCUUACGCAUUGUCACGAAUCAGAAGUCCAUACGACAGAGACUUUCCUAUCUAUUUGCAUUACAUAAUAUUGAACCACUUCAAUCAGGCAAUCUUGCAAGGCAAGCCAACAUGUCGCCACCAGCAGUUCAGCUCUCUUUUACUCUCCGCACUUCUCCCAAUGUCCGUACUGUCCACCUUCUCGGUUCGUGGGACAAUUACAAAUCCCAGCUUCCUCUGUCGCUGGUCAAGGACGCUUCCGCGAAACCAGGAUCCUGGAAAGGGACAUUCCGCUUCCAAGGGGCCAAUGCCCUCAAACUCGGCUCACGCUAUUGGUAUUACUAUGUCGUGGACGGAUACCAUGUGUCUCACGAUCCAGCCAAGGAAUUCGUCACGGAAAAAACUACAGGUCGGAAGCUCAAUGUCAUCGAUGUGCCUUCUGGUGACAAAGACAAGGAUAGCGCCAAAGCUCAACGACCCUCCGUGACCACCACCAAUCUCCCAGGCAAUCGUCACAGCCGGGACGUUCCCCAGGGUCGGGCUUUGAGUCCAGGGAAGAUACAACACCCCAAGCCAAGCAAACCUUACGCAUCUCGUCCAUUGCGUGAAGCCGAUUACGACGAUUCGCCGGUGGAUGAUCUCGAGGAACGCUUUGCCGGAUACCGCAUCGCCGAUCCCAGCUCGGCGUCGCCAUCUGAGCUUUCGGAUGAUAGCUCUUCCAGCGGCACUGCGUUCUCGCGGUCGUCUCCAUCCAGCAUGUCCAGUGUCAGCGACCGCAGCUGUCGUUGUGAACGGUAUGGGGUCACGCGGUCUGGUCAGCGUGUGAAACUUGAUUGCGGAGGCAAACGCUGUGGAGCCUGGAGUUCCAGCUCAUCUGAAUGCGAGUCUUCGACGGGCAGUGAAGCGGAGUCAAGUGAAGAUGAGAGGUACCGAAAGGCUCGUGCACGAGCUGAGGCGGAAAAGAGAGCAGCAGCAGCAGCCCCAGCCGCCAAGGGAAGAAGUGGCGGUGAUGAGAGAAGGAGGACUGUUGUUGUUGAGAAGAGACGGAGAUGAGCAAAGUCUGGACUGCUGGUGGGACGGAAGGAAGAGAAUGGGGUUGCAUGUGUCGGAGGAGACGAGGAGAAAUCCUUCUUCCGCGCAAGGCAAUGAACACAUGACAAUAAAACGUCGGCCCGAGUCUCCAUCAGACAGGGCAAAUGCCAAGGACAACAAGAGAAGAUGAACCGUCCGAUACGAGUCAGAUAACGUCAAGAUGCCCUUGGUUGAGAAGUGACUCGGACCUGCGUCGCUUUGCGGAGAGGGUGGCAUAGGCAGAAGAUGCGAGACGAGAGUAUACCGAUGGAAACGCGGAAUGGGAGCGCUCUGAGAGAGCGAGGUGAGUGCCGGUGAGUGGCCAUGUUGGUGCAGGUUCAGUGACUGAAUGAGCACAUUCUAGGGGAGAGAAGCUUGAUGGUGUCUGAGGCACAUGCUUGGACCGGCAGAACUAUGCUCGGCGCCCACGUCAACACCAAGCAUGAGGUCAGAAUGGUCGAGGCAAGAGAUCAGCAGAAGACGACAAGGAGAAUGGAGAGGAGAUGGGAGGAUGAUGAAGAAGAAGAAGCAGAGGUGGUCAAUGAUGUCCAUGGGAGCUUGGUGCAUCGUCCGUGCUGGCCUUGCUCGUCCACAACUCACUCACUGGCUUAUGUUCAUUAUCCGGCCAGCUUGAGCAAAGGCAAGAAGCCGGGCACCAAGAGGUAACAUACUUGUCACAGUCAAUAAGAUCCCCCCAUGCUUGCAUCAACAGACAUCUCCUGG